CGACAGCUGUGCUGUCGUCAUUUGCAGAAGAGGAAGAAGCAUUAGCAAUUUUAGCGUCUGAGAAAAGUGUAAUUUUCUUUCAGUGAAAGAUGAGUUUCAUGCAACCGAGUCCCGUUAAAUACGCUUGCUCCUGUGGCAUUUUGAAUCCAAUUAACAAACUGUUCUUCUGCCGCCACUGUCCGAAGCUGAGAUGCGGUUUUUGCGUCUGCCAUGAGAUUGAGUCACACUUUUGCUCCAAUUGCCUGGAGAACAUACCAUCCUCGGAGGCAAGACACAAGAAAAACUGCUGUGCCAACUGCUUCGAUUGUCCUUGCUGCCAGCACACGCUCUCUGCGCGCGCCACUACCGUUCCAGUUGUGCGCAAACCUGAAGAGCCCAAGGAUGGUGAAAGUGGGGCGGAGGCAACGCCCAGCCAAAAGCCUUCGGCCAUGCCCACCACAAAGAAAAUGUAUUAUUUGUCGUGCCUGUCCUGCCGUUGGACCACACGUGAUGUCGGCAUACCUGAUCAGGGCGUGGCCACCGGCACCUGGCCGGACAAUGAAUGCUUGUACCAGGCGCGCUUCAAUACACUGAUGGAGUACUACCAGUCGGUGGUGCUGCAGGAGAAGCAGGAGAAACAGGAGUUUCUGCGCCGCAAAACGCCCAAGCAGCAUAAGUUUCCCAGUCUAACCGAUCGCACGGGUCUGACAGUCUCACUGAUACGACGCCAAAUCGGCUGGACUGAGAAAAGCGUUCCUAAAACGAAGCCCAUCAACAUAGCGCCCGCCGAGGCCAGUUCGGAGGUUGAACCUCUACCGGAAGACAUCCUUACGCAACCCAUAAAUUUGCGCAACAUUACAACAGUGGCCCAGCGGCACAGCCAGCCAGCGGAUCAGCCGACGGCCGUGAACAAGCUGUAUCCACAGCGACGUUCGCUGUGGAUCAAGCGUUCGCUACGUUGCCGUCAGUGCGAGCACAAUCUUAUCAAGCCGGAGUAUCAUCCUACAUCUAUCAAGUAUCGCAUACAGCUCUUCGCCAGCUACCACGUUCCAGAAGUGAUUAUGGUGCGCUGCGAGCAGCCGCUGCAGCCUGGCCAAAGCAAUGCGAUAUUGCUAAAGUUGACCAAUCCUACCAUGUACGACAUGACAAUUAGUAUAAUGGAGGCGGUCCCAGAAGACGCGCAAAUCAACACGGAUGCCUUUCAGCAGGCGUGCCGAAUCAAGGAGGAAGCCAUUACUUCUUCUCCCCUACUCAAGACCACGGGAGUUACUCUAGCGCGUCAGAACUCUACUCGGGAAGUGAAGCGCGAGGUGCGUGAAUUGGCCAAUGCAUCGAUUGUGCCACUGGAGAGCCCGUUCGUGCUGAGCCAACGCGAUGAUUCCAAGGAAUUCGAUGAGGAUGUUCAGGCGCCUAUGGAAGAGCCCAAAUUCAUUGUUUGGCGUAAGGGCAACAAAGUGUUGAUACGACUUCAGUUUAUUCCAGCAGCUGAGUUAGAGCCUGGCAAUAAGGUGACACUGGGCUUCUACAUGCAGUACACGUACGUGAAUACCGUUUCCAAUACUCCCGACAAGAAGGACCCGACUACGCAUGCUUUAUACUCAAGGAUCUUUAUUGAAGCUGGCGAUAUAGCACAGCAAACAGCUAAUUAGUUGAAGCAAAUCGAUACUAAUUAACAUGCUUUAAUCAUGCUAUGUGAAAUAUAUUUAUGCAACUAAUUUA